AUGUCCGCUUCACCCCCAACAAUUCUUCUCAUCGGCGCUUCGCGUGGCCUUGGCUACGCCAUGGCGGGAUGGAACGUUGUCGGGACAGUCCGCGGUGAAGGGUCGCGCACAUUACUCCACGAGCUGGCAGACAAGUACAACGGCCGGGUUGAUAUUGAGACCUUGGACAUUUGCCAACCCGAUCAAAUCAAAGCGCUCGACAAGCGCUUAUCGGGCAAGGUAUUUGACGUCCUGUUUGUGAACGCCGGAACAACGAAUCGCGACCCCACCCAAACGAUCGGAGAAGUAUCAACCGAGGACUUUGUACAUGUCAUGGUCACGAAUUCGCUCAGUCCCAUGCGUGUAGUUGAGAGUCUGGCGCAUCAUGUGGCUACGACAGGUCUUAUCGGUGUGAUGUCCUCUGGACAGGGAAGCAUCAGCAACAAUGAGACAGGUCUACGAGAGGUAUAUCGCGGCACCAAGGCCGCGCUGAACAUGUUCAUGCGAAGUUUUGCAGCUCGUCAGGAUCCAUCGCGUCCAAUGGUGGUGAUGGCUCCCGGUUGGGUUAAAACGGAGUUGGGAGGUCCAGAUGCUCGGCUUACUAUCGAAGAAAGCAUCCCUAGCUUGGUGAAUGUACUUAUUGCAAAGAAAGAACGACCUGGGCUUGAAUACCUUGAUUACCUUGGUCGGGCUGUGCCUUGGUGA